AGGCUAAUGUUUCACUCAAAAUCCCCACCCUCCUGCAGUCAUUGUAAGUUGCGGUAAUGUGGCCUCUUAGGAAUAAGUGAGUGUGUUUCUGUUGUCUGAGAAGUCUCUUACAUACAUCACCUGUAGGAGGAACCCAUUUUCCUCUUCAAAAGAGAAACCCCACUGAAUGGCUGAGCAACACGGGCAAAAAAGCAACCAGGGCAGCAAUAUGGAAGGGACAGCAAGGGACACCAUGAAGAACCUGCUAACAAGCAAGCAGUGUAUGAAUCACCGCAAAUCACUACCCAGAAGAUCUGUUGAGAAGGUGAACAAAUGCAUUCAGGUUGACAUGGACUUAGAAGAGGAGAAUCCCAGUGUGGAUUUGACCCUUUCUCCAAAAAUCUGCCUUUCCAAGAAGCCUCAGCAAUGUCCAGGGCACAUAUCACCAUCUCAGCAAGGUGUCUCCUCACCCUCCCAAGGGCAGCCUGCCAUGCCAGCUCUGCUACCAUUGCUUCCACCACCUCCAUUCCUUCCUCCUAGGUGUAAGAUUCCUCCCCCACCCCUUCUCAUGCCUGGCAUAAAUGCACCAUCACUCCCACCUCCCCAGCUGUGCAGUAAUCCUGAGUGCAGCCAUCUCGCUUGUGGAUACAGCGAGCAGCCCUGCCCUAAGAAGACACCGAAGCUAAGGAUGAAGGUGUUUCACUGGCAGAAGCUCCCCUCUGAUGUGGUGAGACAAAGCCACUCCAUGUGGGCCAUGGUACCAAGUGGCAGCAAGGAGCUUGUAGAGCCUGACUACGCAAGCUUGGAGCUACUUUUCUGUGCCUCGCCAACAAAACCUAAGGAGACAACAAGACCAAAAAAGAAGUCAAAAGAGGUCACAUUCAUUAGUCCAAAGAAAAGUCUCCUACUGAGUAUAUUUCUGAAGCAAUUUAAGUGCUCCAAUGAAGAGAUCGCUAACAUGAUUCAGAAAGGGGACAGAUCCAAGCUGGAUGCUGGUAUACUGAAACAGCUACUUAAACUGCUGCCUGAAAGCCAUGAGAUAAGCAAACUGAGAUCCUGCAAGGAAGAAAGGUCAGAACUAGCAGCUGCAGACCAGUUUUAUCUCCAUCUCUUGGAAGUUCCUAGCUACCAGUUGCGAAUUGAAUGUAUGCUGAUUUGUGAGGAAACACAAAUUCUUCUGCAGUGUCUGUGGCCAAAAGCACAAGCCAUCAGGACAGCCUGUGAAACACUUCUUACCAGUCACCGACUGCCAGUUUUCUGUCAAUUGAUUCUUAAAGUUGGAAACUUUCUUAACUAUGGGCAUCACACUGGAGAUGCUGGAGGUUUUAAAAUCAGCGCCUUGCUCAAGCUAACAGAAACAAAAGCAAACCAAAGCCGCAUAACGCUGCUUCACCACAUUUUGGAGGAGGUUGAAAAAAACCACAAAGACCUGCUGCAGCUUCCCAGAGAUCUUGACUUUGUUUCCAAGGCAGCAGGGUUCCACUUUGACGCGAUGCGGGCUGAAGCAGGUGACAAUCUGAAGAAACUGUUGGAAAUAGAGAAGCGUUUAUUUUUGUCAGCAGAAGAUUUAAAAAUACAGCACACAAAAUUUGUUCAAGGCAGUGUCAGCGCUUCAAAGGACCUGCAGGAGGAGUUGGCCAACAUUGAAAAGAAGAAAGAAGAACUAGCUGACUAUCUUUGUGAAGACCGAAAAAAAAUGUCCUUGGAAGAUGUAUUUAAUACAAUGAAAACCUUCAGGGAACUCUUCCUCAAGGCCUUGCAGGUGGAAAAUCAAGAAAGGAAGGAGCAAGCUGCAAAGUCUGAGAAAAGGAAGAAAGAGCUUAAAGUAGAAGACACGAAGAGGCUAAAGGCAGAGCAUGGAAAGAGCAGUAUAUUUAGAAAAAAAUGAUUCUGUUUUUAUUAGCCUGUCUUUUAUUAAUUAGAAGCAGAUUAUGAGUUUAGUUGUGGGUGAUCUAAUAGAGUAAGAGUGAUGUAGCCGUUGUUGAUGCCACUGUCAAACAGAUAUUAAAACAUCAAUUUUCAAGGGCUCAUGAAUGGUCAGAAGAAAUCAUGAUAGGAAUGCUAGAAAAAAAAUGUCACUCCCAAUGAGCAAGUUACUGCCAUUUUUUCUUAGAGUUGGGUAAUAUACUGGUAUUGCUCUGAACAGUUGUUUGGAGGUUUUUAGGGAACACAGUGAGGUUGCACAAACUUGAACUUCAAGCUGUACGUUGUCACUGUGCUAGGCAAGCCGUGCCAUGUAUUACUGUUACCUCAACCUUUCCUUUUUUUCUGACUAAAGUUCUGAUUCCUUUAAGUGGUUAUGUGUGUGCUUAAAUAAUGUGACAUGCUGGAAAACAGCAGGCUGACAUAAAUCCAGAAAAGCUUUUGUUGAGCUGGGUGUGAGGUAUUUCUAGUGUUAAUAUUAACAGGUACGUAUUUUAGCAUUAUAUUUUGGUCGAUAGUUGAUCUGCAGUUUUCUUAAAGAUUUCUGCUUGAUACCAUUU